CAGACUCUAGAGGUCUCCAUCCUUCAGCAUCCCCUCAUCAUCCACCUAUUCGCCCUCCUCCUCCUCCUCCUCCUCCUCUUUGGCAUUUUGUGCAGCGGAGGAGGAAAGGAGGAGAGACUGCUGAGGAGGAGACAGAGGGGAUCCGGAGACAACACGUCCCACGCCAGAGCCAGACAGCCAGGGAACUUUGAUUUGACGCCAAGUAUCCUGCGAUGGAAAUGACGAUGAAGGGAAAGAGCCACGUUUCUUGUUCUGCUCCUUGGGAGGCUUAGACAGAGAUAUGUCGGGCGUGUUCAACAUAUAGUGUCCUUGGACUCUUACGCUCUCUGAAGAUUUAUUGUCUCUGAUUUCGCUCCUCUAUUCGCUGAUGGUGCCGCUUCGGUCAGCCGAAUGAAUUUGAAGGCAGUCUGAGCGCAUUGUUUCCAGCUCCGUUGCAUAUGGGAUUUCCAGCCGUGAUGUCUGCAAUAUUCCGCUCUUUGUUUCUGGUUCUAUUCAGCCUGCUGUCAGUGGGUGCCCAGACUGAGAUGAAAAAGGUCGUCGGGGACAAUGCCACCUUACCGUGCCACCACCAGUUCCCAUCAUCCAGCUCUCUCGACAUCGAGUGGCUCCUGCAGAAACCAAACUCCAAACAGAAAGUGAUCAUUACAUUCUUUGGGGGCCAGGUGUACACCAAUGAGGCGACGGGCAGCGAGGCCAGCCGGCUGUCCUUCGCUGGGGAGUACCUGGGUGGAGACGCCUCCCUGCUGAUCAGUGACCUGCUGCUGACCGACUCUGGGGAAUACUAUUGUAAAGUCAAGACCGGGGGAAAGUACCACUGGAGCCAGGUCAACCUCAUUGUGCUGGUCAAACCUUCCAAGCCGAGGUGCUGGAUGGAUGGCAAACUCCUGGAGGGCAGUGACGUCAAGCUGAGCUGCAAGUCCAGCGAUGGUUCUGACCCCAUCAACUACAAGUGGGAGCGAGUCCUGGACAAAGGCAAGAGUCUGGGCAAGUUGCCAAACCUGGCACUGAUAGAUCUCAAGAACCCAGAGCUUGUGACUCUGAGGAAUCUCACCAUGGACAGCACAGGAGUCUACAGGUGCACGGCAAGCAAUGACGUGGGAGAGGAAAACUGCACCGUUGAGGUCACAAUGAAACAUGUGAGGGAUGUAGGUAUGGUAGCGGGUGCCGUGGUGGGAAUAUCCCUCGGUGUCCUCAUUGUCAUAUUAAUCAUCUGGCUCGUCUUCCGCAAGAAAGAGAAAAAGAAGUACGAGGAGGAGGAGACUCCAAAUGAGAUCAGGGAGGAUGCGGAGGCUCCCAAGGCCAAGCUAGUGAAGCCCAACUCCCUCUCCUCAUCCCGCUCCGGCAGCUCACGCUCCGGUGCCUCCUCCACCCAGUCCAUGGUGCACAACAGCGCCCAGCGUGGUCACCGCCCCCGCCCACCUGCUGUAGCGGCUCUCAAGGAAAAUGGACAGCCUCCAGGCUUCCCCCAGUCCCCUCCGGCCUACACCACAGUGGUGCCCAAGACCCCCGAGCCCCCUGCCACUCCCAAAUACAACUCCAGGAACACGUCUGGGCCCACACCCCCAACCCUCAUGGUCCCUGCCCAGACCAAGGCCUUUCAGACUGUGUAGGACUGAAAGCCAACCACUUCCUGCAGCCAUGUGAAACUCCCAGCCCAGCCCAAGCCCCCUAGCCCCCUCCCAAAGACUAAGACUCUUCCAUAAACAAAGAAAUGCAACUAGUUAAAAGGAUGUAAUUAAAAGAAUCAAUACUAUAAGUCCAAAAGUACUUUAAAUGAAUGCGUACUUAAAAAGGGAAAAUAAGACAUGCUUGCCCCCUAUUAAAUUACGUAAAACAACAAAACAAAAGAAAAAACAUGACCUGAGAUGCAACGCUGUUUGUGUCUCAUCGCUAAAGGCAGAGCUUUUUUUUUCUGAGUUCCGUCUUGUGGCUUUGGAAGGCACAGGGAAGCACCGUGCGCAGCGAGGUGGAAGGAGCCCCCUACAGUAGUACAGCUUUUAUUUAUAUAUCAAAUCAAAGGGUUUCGGCAUGCAGUGGAGAAAAAGAGGUUAAAAAAACAAACAGAGACAGUAAAGGCAGAAUGAUAAAGUAGAUCCAAACUCGGAGCCAGAUACCAAUACAAGAUGGAUACAAGCGGGACGGAAACAAGGACGAAGAGAACGCAAGCGCGUAAGACAGCUGAUGAUGAUUUUUUUCUCUCUCCGGGAGGAGGGGAGGUGGGGGGCGUGGGGUGAUUCUCUGAUUCAUGUCACCCCGCACCUCCGACUCGCCGCCUCCAGCACCCGCUCUGAAACCACAAACCCCUUUGCCUCCCAUGGGCCGGGCCGAUUGUGCCCAUCCAUGUGGACGGACACAGUGUGCGGCGUGUACAUCAUCUGCCUCAGUGCUCUCUGUCUUCCGUGCUCUCACAACGAAACCCGUGAGAAACCACAGACGGGUCUUUGAGACUGACUCAGCUGGCUCCCAAACAGCUCAUCUGCUUUACCAAUCAGCAGGGGAAACUUCAGGUACACGGAUGUAGCAUUGACAGUGGAGCCAAUCAGUGGAAUUGAUACCCCCCCUCCCACAUCCUGUCUACAUCUAUAGACAUCUUUUUCUGGAACUGAAUAUCUUUCCUGAAUAAUUAAAUAGUAUGUAUUAGGCCUAUAGCGUGUCAAUACUUUACAUAUAGGGGAUAAGCAUCUAUUAGACCAGCUGGACUUGUUUUUCUUUUCUUUUCCUUCCGUUCUCUUGUGUUUCUUCUCUCUAAACAGGUUGUAAAUGGUGACAGACAGCUAUAUGUCCAUUCAUCCAUAUUAAGAAGUGCCACCAAUCCCUAGGAUGGGUCAUUAUUGUUGCUUUUUAUUUUUUACUCUUUUGUUUACCUGCUACAUUUAUGAACUGAAACCAAAAUCUAUCACCGUGAAUGUGUGAUGUACAAAGAUGGUGGAUCCCAUUCUCUUCAGCUCCCUGUAAGGUACUAAAUCAAUAUUCGAGCUAAGGCACAAAGAAUUGACCUUGACGUUCAAUUUUAUAAUUACUAUGUCUGAAUGAAGGGAGCGAGGAGUAUGAGUCUAUAGAUACUUCAAUUGUAUAGGGUGUGUAUGGUAUCAUUGUCAGUACUCUCCCUGGAUCCAUAACAAUGGAGUGGCACUCGAUUGCUGUCUCGCUGAAUCAUCGAGACCUGCUUGGUUAUUGGUCGAGCUGUGCUAUCAGCCAAUUCCCCCUUUGUCGUAUCCUCAGACGGACCCAGUGCAGUUUGAUUGAAAGUAAAAAAAAAAUUAAAAAAAAGGGGGGCAAGUAGCCUAUAUAGUGUGCCUUUGCGAUCCCUCUUCUCUUCUGGUUUCUUUCUUUCUCCUUAUCUUCAGCGCACCAGUGGUUCGGUCUCUGUUCACAUCUAGCUUUGAGGGUCAACAGUAGCAAAUGCUGAGAGGUACAGCUUCACAAAACCUGCCCUAGUAAUAACAGAUGCAGAACUAGGGAGCACCAAGCAGAGUGAAUUAUCCAUGGUGAGAAAGCAAUCCCAUGCCAUGGGACAAUGUACUGUACAUUCUGUAAUCAGUCUUGUUUUAUAUUGUACAUACAGAUAGAUAUACGCACAUGAUGUCAUUUAAUUUAAUAAAUACAGGCGUGUGAGGGGAGAUAUGUCCCUUGCAAAAGAGUCAAAUGGGAAACCCAAAAGUGAAUUUAAACCGUGUGUUUUUUGUACACAUGUUGUGCAAGUAAGUGAAGCCCCUAAUUUGAACCCAAGACCUCUUCACAACUACUGGCCACAUUCUGAUGAGAUAUUGUAUGGAUGUUAUUGAUCCCCGAGGAUCAUUUAUACAGAUUUUUGGUGAACCCAUAACCUCUCCUCAGGCACCAUCACCGGGUCAAAAUGUGGGCGUUGAUCUUGAAUAGCAACUGCCAGAUUAUCAUAAAAAAUCUGCUGCAAGAAUUUCUAGCCAACUAAUAAUAAACAUUUUGGUGAACCUUGACCUUUAGUCUGGCACGCCAUCCAACUCAAAUUUCCACAUGUGCACAAGAUAUAUCAAAUGUACAUUUUGUGAUCCUGUUCAUACUGUCAAAGCAAAUAAGCAGUGUUUAUUUGAAUGAGUCUCAGGACAAACUAAACAUUUGAAGCUCCAUUACUGGUUCAAAGAAGAGCAAAUUGUCAAUAUGGCGAACACUUAUAUUACCUAAUAGCUUGUACUGAAUGUUGCUAUUCUCUCUGGGCCGUUAGUGGGGCUUCGACCUUGUUUCACUUCUGAAACAAAGUUCUCACACUGAAGUAGCGAUGAAGUAAUUCAACCUCAAAAGUUUUUGAAAACCAACAUCUGUCUGAAAAGCACAUGUGGUUUGACUUUCACGCGCGGGGAUUUCACAUGUGACUUGUAACUCUGUAAGGGAAGAUGAGAGAAAAAUGCCUUUUAUAUUCAACCAGAGACAGCGGUUCAUAUUUGAGCAGGGAAGCUACUGUGUGCGCGUGUGUCUGUGUGUGCGUGCUUGCGUGCAUGCAUGCAUGUUUGUGAAUGUGUGCGAGUGUGUCUGUGUGGGUGUGUGCAUGUAAAUUCAGUAUAAGCCCUUGGGCCACACCCACACAUCCUCAUGUUAGCCAUUCAAAGAGUGAGAAGGAUCCAGUCAGGCAAAGUAACCUCUAUCCAAAUUGAUGUGACUGCAGACUGGCAGUGUUUAUUUCAGUAUUCACUGACUUCUAUGCCUGUUGAACUCGGCUUCACAGGCAGCAGUCAUGUUUUUGCUUGCGGGGGUGGUGUCUCGAGACAAAGCACGUCCAUAAUUCAUAAUAUUGUCAGCUCUGGAGGCCACUUGUACGCUCUCUCCUUGCUCUUGCUGUCUCUUAACAUAGAAUGCACUUGGCCCUGGGUGUACUAAAUGGCAUCUCAAGGCACACACAUAUACACACACACACACAAACAAAAUACAAAACAGGUCAAAGUUGUAUAUACACACACACAUAAACAGGUACACGUGGCACAUUCAGGUCCGCACGGAAAAACAGGUGUGUGCUUAAUGCACAUUCACAGUUUGCACAUGCACGCAUGCGCUCUCACACACACACACACACACACACACGGUUUGCACAAACAAAAGCCCAAACAGCAGUCCUUGUUAUUUCUGCUCCUUCAGAAUCAAUUUGAUGGAUUGAAUGUCUGGAGGUAUUACGACUGACUGAUGGAACCAGGAUACCGAAUGCAGCACAGAAAGGGACACUCUACAUCACCCAGGGGACAUGUGCGCCCACACACAAACACACACACACACACACACGUGCAUGCAAACACACAUGCACUCGAAAAUACAAACUCUGCUAUGCAUCUUAACUAUCUGGAUAGCAUACGCUUAAGGACUUUUUCUUACAUGGGAAUGUGCGAGAGUGGUACUGGGAAUCAGGAGAGGUAUAACAGGAUUGAUUUUGGGCCAGGGCUGUAGGCUCUUGCCAUUGAAAUUCCCUCCACCGCCGACGAAAGUAGCAGUGGAGGUGGAGAGGACGGGAUGCAAGUCUUCCAGCUGUUAAAUUCCUCCAAGCUUUUUGAUUUGCUUUCCAGCGACGGCAAGUCUCAGGUGGCAGAUUCCCCAGUUUAUGAGCCCUCGCGUUGCGUCUCUCCUCUCAUGUGUGCAGCUUUGUGGCCUGACAAACUUGCGCUCUUUCCAACAAAUGAAUUUUAACGAGCUUUUGUCACUUCAGCAGAGGGUGGAGGAGGGAAGUCUUAAAGCACCUCAGAGUGUAAGCGGCACAUCCAAUAUCAUUCUUUAAAACAGUAACCAUCAGCACUAUAUAUUGUCUUAUUAUCAACACUCAGAGGUGCAGUAAACAUGAAAUCAUUAAAUGGUUAUCCUGCGUUAUAUGAUAGGAGUGUGAAUCUCAUGUAGCCACUAUGUUUUAUGUUCUAUUAGGCAGUUUUAUUUCUGAUUGAAGCUUUUGAGCAGGGCAAAGUGAUGCUCAGACUUUGUGGUUUGGCCUUGUAUGUCAGUAUAGGGGAAUGUGAUGCAUUGUUACUUUUGAGAGAGGAGAUGGAGGGGCUGUAGUCAACCUCAAGGAAAGAAAGCAAAGGUACCUGCAUGUCAUAGGAGAUUGAGCAGACGAACGGGAAUGCUUUGCUUUGAUGUAACAUAACUGUAUUCGGCUAAAAAUAGGAAAAUAUAAUAAAAAAAACGAAAAAAGAAAAUCUACAAUUGUAAAUAUAUUCACAGAAAAUUUUAUGAAGCUUUAUUUUUGUCUUCUUCUUCAUCUUCAAUUUAUCAUCCAUGUACUUUGCACUUUUUUUGUGUGCUAUGCUCAUCACCGGCCUGUGUGGGAUCUGUGUGGUUGGCUGUUUCUCCUGACUACAUUGUUUGGAUGUCAGGGGGAGACACGCUCAGCGCGGCGUCACUAAAGGGAAAUGUAAGACACUUUUGUUUUCCUUACUCUCAUCCGUUUUUCUGCCGUGGCUUCUCUUUGGAUUUAUAAAACAGUACAGAUUUUUUUUGUUUGUUUGUUCGUUUGAUGAAAACAAUCCAUGUAAAUAUCACAAGUAAAAAAAUGUAUAUUUUUACGACUUCUGAGUUAUUACUCUUUCAUUUGCAAAUAAAAUAUUCAAUGACAA